AUGUCAAAACAUCAUCCUGAUUUAAUUCAAUGUCGUAAACAAUCUGGUAUAGCCAUUGGAAGGAUGUGUGAAAAAUGUGAUGGGAAAUGUCCGAUUUGUGAUUCUUAUGUUAGACCUCAAACUUUAGUUAGGAUUUGUGAUGAAUGUAACUUUGGUACUUAUGGUGGAAGAUGUAUUAUUUGUGGUAGUCCUGGUAUUAGUGAUGCUUAUUAUUGUGCGGAGUGUACGAGGUUGGAGAAAGAUCGGGAUGGGUGUCCUAAGAUCGUUAACUUGGGUGCAAGUCGGACGGAUCUAUUUUACGAAAGGAAAAGACUUGGGUUUCAAAAAGGAUGA